GUGGUUAUGACUCACUUGUUGAUAUACUUUGAUUUCAUUUUCAUGUGCAUAAUAAAUUAAAAAAUAAUUGAUGACUUAAAGAAAAAAUGGAUAAAACGUAUAUUGUAAUUAUUUUAAAAAUUUCUUUGAACCAUAUUAUACAUUAUACAUAUUAUGGAACUAUUCACUCUGAAUAUUUUUAAUCUAUGCUCAGUCGGUAACGUUGACACGAAAGUAAAAAGUUCUAUUUUCACGUUUCGAUAUCUCGAAUACUAUGUUACGAUUAUAGUUAUAAACAUAACUGUGUCUUAAACUUUUCUCUUCCUUUGUACAUUACAAACAAUAUUUUACUGGAAAAUCUAAUUCUUUAAAACAAUUUGACAGGCAGGUUUGUUGAUAAGUGAUAUAUGUAUAUUUUUAGAAUGGUGCGUCAAAUACUUACUUUUUCAACAGGUUUCACAUAUAAAAUAAGCAGAGAAAAAUCGUUUGGCAUAACAUAUAUUAAUAUAAUUAAUCGAUUUAAGCACUUAAUUUGUGCCAAAAUGAAUAAUCGUCGAUUUUAUGAUAAUCCAUUUGAUGAUUAUCCUAAUGAAACUGCAGAAGCUGUUGUGAACGCACUUACUAAUGAGAUCAAUGAAGAUUAUAAAAGAACAAUAAAAAUAGCUACAAAAGGAUUAAUAGCUCGAAUGGAAGGUUAUAAAGGCGAUUGGAUGCAUAAUGGUGAUUAUUCCGUGUAUACUGGAUUAGCAGGGAUUGCGUACUUGUUUUACAAAUAUGGAAAGUGCUUUAAUGAACCACACUACAUUAAUGAUGCAGUAAAAUUAUUAAGGAUAUGUACAGACAAAUUCAGGGGUAAAGGAGAAAUUACAUUUUUGACUGGUAUUGUAGGUCCAGUAGCUUUAGGUGCAGUUGUUUUUCAUUCCGAAGGCUAUUCUGAUGAAGCACAAAAUAUGAUUUCAAAAGUAAAAUCACUGCAAUCAGUUGUUUUAAAUGAAAAUAGUGAUUUGCCUGAUGAGUUACUUUAUGGAAGAGCUGGUUAUCUGUUUUCCCUCCUCUUCUUAAAUUCAAAUAUAUCUCCUGCUCCCAUAGAAAGUGAUCUUAUUAAACAGGUCAUAGCACUCAUAAUUAAAUCUGGAAAUCUGUAUUCUGCUUCAAAAAAGUACGAAACACCUUUAAUGUAUGUUUGGCACCGAACAGAGUAUAUUGGUGGUGCACAUGGAUUGGGUGGAAUACUUUAUAUACUAUUACAGGCACGGCAGUAUUUAACAGAAACUCAAUUACAAAAGGAUAUAAAGCCUGCAUUAGACUUCCUUCAGAAUAUACGAUAUGUUUCUGGAAACUUUCCACCCUCUAUUGGAAGCCAGACUGAUAAAUUGGUCCAUUGGUGCCAUGGAGCACCUGGAAUGACCAUGUUAUUUUGUUUAGCUUAUGAGAUAUACGAAGAUGAAGAUUAUUUAAAAACUGCUGUAGAAUGUGGAGAAGUGAUUUGGUCAAGAGGAUUGCUUAAAAAAGGACGUGGAAUAUGCCAUGGUGUAGCUGGAAAUGCAUACACAUUUUUAAGUCUUUUCCAACAAACAAAGAAUAUAAAAUAUCUUUACAGAGCUGGCAAGUUUGCAGAUUGGUGCAUGAAUCAUGAAGCACGUCACAGCAGGUCACCUGACAGACCAUUCUCAUUAUUUGAAGGUAUUGCUGGUACAAUUUAUUUCUUGAUUGAUCUUCAACAUCCACUUUCAGCAAAAUUCCCAGCAUACUCCAUUUAAAUGUAAUAUACUUCAAUUCUAAUUAUUUAUUCCUCAUAAAAUUUCGUUUAAAAAUGACUCUUUAAAAUCAAUUGUCGUAAUUUAAUUCACACUAACCGUACUAUUUAGGUUUGAAUUAUACAUACUUAUAUUUCGAAUAUGUAGAUCUAUGUGUACUUUACUGAUACAUAAUAAAUCUUAUGUACUACAAAAUAAAAUAAUUCUACAAGUGUUAAUCCU